UCUGGGUACGACCAGAAUGAGUGCAAAGAAUUUGGGCAAUGUAGUGAAGAAUGGCAGACUGGCGCUGGCCGACAAGACCCAUCUGCUUACGCUCAAAAUGGUGCAUUACAUCCAGUCAGUUCUCCAAUUGAACAAAGUCACACAAAAAGCAUGGAAAAUGGUUCCUUGUUGAAACUUGGAGGGACCUGGCAAUAUCCUCAAGUUUCUGAUUCUAUCUCUCUAAGUUCUCACAGUUCUUCAGAACACACUUCAUAUACUGAUACAGACUCCAUUCUGAAUGGUCCAAAUGCCAAUCCCCAGAAGGAAGGAUCUCAGGCACUGAAUCAGAAUAAUGGCAGAGAAGCAGACCAUCCAACUAAUUGGGUUCCUACUACAGAAACGCAAGCUUCUUCCACUCCUCCAGAUGUGCCCAUGGAGGAUCCCAAGGAUUACAUGGUUCAGGCCAACCAUCAUGUAACUCAGGCAAUGCGACAUCAGGCAGCAGGAGCAUAUGAUGCUGCAUUCUCCUUGUUAAAAUUAGCGAUUUCAUGCCUUCUCACUGGAGUUCAAGAUGAGACAGACGGAGUUCGAAGAUAUACAGUGAAGCGCAAAGCUUCUGAGUACCUGGCAACAGCAGAGAAGCUGUACAACGAACACUUGGCUCCUCGUUUCCCUUCCCCCUCCCAGCCAGCACCCCCCAGCCAGCCGGUGGCAUGCCCUCUGUCAAGCCUGCAAGCAUUCAAAGUGCUUGGGGUUGUGGGAAAAGUGAUGCUGGCAAUGAGCACAGAAGAGGACCAGUGUUACAUAGUCAAGGUGCUUUACAAGAGUCCAUGUCCUGUAAACAGAUGUCAAGUACCAAUACUCCCUCUGAAUGUACCUUACAUGGUCAAAUUACAUUUUUAUUUUGAGACCGAGUCAGCAGUGUUUUUAUUUCUGCAGCAUGCAAGUGGAGGCCGUCUUUGGGACCAUAUUAUUUCUUAUUUGCAAUCUCAGCCAGCAACUCCUGUCCACUUACUGUCUCGAGGAAACGUGUAUUUAGGUCGCAAACUAAUUGAAGAAUCUUCUACUGACGCAAUUAACGAAGCACCAAGUGACAGCGAUACUUUGCUUGCAGCUCAAGAAGACAGUUAUGCUGCUCUCAUUCAAAAUUAUAGAGAAGGGAAACUCAAAAUUGAGUUUCAAGAUAACUCUGCUAAUAAUGAUCAGUGCCAUUCUAAUUCUGAAAAUUCUAUUCAACAAUUAACUGUGGAUGAUAAAACCAACCAUAGUCCAACUGUGGAAGAAGUUCUUAAAAACUGUCCUGAUGUACCUGUUUCCGAUUCCCUGAAUCUGCAGGUUUCCUCAAAACAUAUUGGUAUUUCAUCUCUUGUAUCAGACUGUCACACAAGUAAUGUGGAACAUCUGGAGACAAAGGAACUAAUGAGAAAUGCUCAGCAAUUGCUGCAAUCUGUGAGUGAAACUCUUUUGAAAAGCAGUAUAGGGGACAAUGAGUCUCUCCAUGGAAUCUCGGAGAGUGAAACCCUCGAACCUGAAGAUCACACUCCUGUGAGAACAAAACCACGCUUAAAAGGUUUACCGCUGAGACGCCGAUCAUCUGGAAGCAGACUACCUUUGGAACAUCGCCUCAGCAGUGAUGACCUCGUGGAGUGGCGCACUGCAUGUGGGGGUGGCAGCAUGCAUCACUGGGAGAAGCCAGCACCACGUCUUCCUGAAGGCCGUGUUCGGGAGUGGGCAGAGCAGCUUGUAACUUGCUUGGCAGCUCUUCAUGAAUCAGGCCUUGUAUUCAGGGAUUUGCAUCCUGAUAAUAUACUACUUGCUGAAGGAGGUCACGUUUUGCUCAGUUUCACCUGCAGCUGGCCUGCUGUAGAUACUGUUGUAAAUAGAGAAGCUGUGGAGAAUCUAUAUGCUGCACCAGAAAUAACAUCAAUUUUUGAGGCUACACCUGCUGCAGACUGGUGGAGUUUGGGAGCCCUGCUAUUCGAGUUGAUUACUGGGAAGGUAAUAUUU